AUGCCGCUGCCAGCUAAGCCUAGUGUCUUGGACCUGGGCUCUUGCACCCCAGUGGAGAGUCAUGAGACUUGGGCACAGUCCAAAAAUGCUGACAAACGGCUGCCUGAAUACAAGGCAGUGGUAGUGGGUGCAAGCGGUGUGGGCAAGAGUGCCCUGACCAUCCAAAUGAUCCACAAGUGUUUCGUGAAAGACCAUGAUCCCACCAUCCAGGAUUCCUACUGGAAGGAAGUAGCCCAAGAUGAUGGAGGCUAUAUUCUAAAUGUGAUGGACACAUCAGGGCAAGAUAUUCACAGGUCCUUGCGUGACCAGUGCCUGGCAGUUGGUGAUGGGGUACUGGUUGUCUUUGCUCUAGAUGACCUCUCAUCUCUUGACCAGCUGCAGCAGAUGCGGGCCACCUGGGGCCCUCAGAUCAACCAGCCACUUGUCUUGGUGGGCAACAAAUGUGAUCUGGUGUCUACCUCUGGAGAUGCUCAUGCUGCAGCUGCAGCCCUGGCAAAAAGCUGGGGGGCUCCCUUUGUGGAGACCUCAGCCAAGACUCAGAAAGGUGUGGAAGAAGCCUUUUCUCUGCUCAUCCAUGAGAUCCAGAGAACCCAGGAGGCCAAGGCAAGAGCAGCUAAGAAUGUCCGGCACCAAAAAGCAAUGUGUAGCUGUGGCUGCACAGUGGCCUGA